UAGGAGAGACAUAUUAAUGCUAAUAAAAUAAAAUAAAUAAAUAUUUCCUCUCCGCACUGCUGUAUCUUCUUCUCAUUUCUCUUUCUCUUGCUUGAUAAAACUACUCCAUUCGUUGCUGAAGGUCCGUGCUUUUUAUCGAUCUGCCGCUCCGAUUACCUACGGUUGAAAUGGAUGCUGUCAUGAAUGAGACAGUUGCAGUUGGAAGGGCUUUGGAAGGAGUAUCUAGUGGGCAGCAGAUUUAUCAGUCUGGUGAAGCACUGGCAGAAUGGAGGUCUUCAGAGCAGGUGGAGAACGGAAUUCCCUCCACAUCACCACCUUAUUGGGACAGUGACAAUGAUGAUGACAGCGGAUCCAAGCCCUCUGCACUAUAUGCACAACAUACAUGGAAGAUUGAUAAUUUUUCACAAAUUAACAAAAGAGAACUCCGGAGUAGUGCGUUUGUGGUUGGCAGCUAUAAAUGGUAUAUUUUGAUUUACCCGCAGGGGUGUGAUGUCUGCAAUCAUCUCUCUCUGUUUCUUUGUGUUGCUAAUCAUGACAAGCUUCUUCCAGGCUGGAGUCAUUUUGCACAAUUCACAAUUGCUGUGGUGAAUAAAGAUCCAAAGAAGACUAAAUAUUCAGAUACAUUGCAUCGCUUCUGGAAGAAGGAACAUGAUUGGGGCUGGAAAAAAUUCAUGGAGCUGUCAAAAGUGUUGGAUGGGUUCAUUGAUGCAGAUACAUUGAUAAUUAAAGCUCAAGUCCAAGUUCUAAGGGUGAAACCUGAUCGUCCCUUUCGAUGUCUUGACCGUCGCUAUCGCCGAGAACUUGUUAGGGUUUAUUUAUCAAAUGUUGAGCAAAUCUGCCGUCGUUUUGUAGAAGAACAACGAAGCAAACUUGGAAAACUAAUAGAGGAUAAAAUUAGAUGGUCAGGUUUUUGUGCUUUCUGGCUUGGAAUGGACCAAAUUUCUAGGCACCACAUGUCAAAGGAGAAAACAGAUGUAAUAUUGAAAAUUGUUGUAAAGCACUUCUUUGUAGAUAAAGAAGUCACAUCUACUCUAGUCAUGGACUCCUUGUACAGCGGAUUGAGGGCCUUAGAGGGUCAUUAUAAGGGCAAGAAAGGUAAGGGAAAAUGUACAGAUGCACAGGAACAACCAGCAGCUAUAGUUCGCAUAGAAAAAGACAUGUUUGUCUUGGUUGAUGAUGUGCUUCUGUUGCUCGAGAGGGCUUACAUGGAGCCACUGCCUCCUAAGGAUGAGAAAGGUCCCCAGAAUCGCACAAAGGAUGGAACUUCUGGAGAGGACUUUAACAAAGAAUCUAUUGAGCUUGAUGAAAGACGCCUUACCGACCUGGGUUACAGGACCAUUGAAGUUUUUGUCUUGGCACAGAUUUUUAGUAAAAUUGAGAUUGCAUACCAGGAGGCUGUUGCUUUGAAAAGGCAAGAGGAACUCAUUCGUGAGGAGGAAGCAGCAUGUAUAGCUGAAACUGAGCUUAAAGCAAAACGUGGCACAUCUGAGAAGGAGAAAAAAUCAAAGAAGAAACAGAGCAAACAGAAACGCAACAAUCGCAAAGCAAAGGAUAAAAUGAGGGACGAAAAGCCUGGUGUCUUGUGGCAAGACAAGACUGAAGAGGAGUCAUUAAGUGGCGAGGGGAAGGACAACUUAACUGAGGUGCCAGAAAAUGUACUUGAAAAGCCUGAUACAUUAGAAGAAGUUUCAGACAUCUCUGAUUCGGUAGACUGUGUUCCAGAAAUACUUAAUUGUGAAUCAGGAGACAGAGAUGCAAAUCCAGUGAACUGGGAUACUGACACAAUAGAGAGUCAUCCACCUGUGGGAACCAGCUGCAGUAGUUUGACUGGUUUUUCAUCUGUGCAAAAUAGUGAGGCUGGGCGGAGAAACCCUUCGGGAAUGGAUGAUAGUUCUUCAACUUGCUCCACAGAUUCUAUCCCCUCAGUUGUGAAUGCGCAUUAUGGAUGCAAUGCUUCAGACUAUAAAAACCAAACACCACCUUGCAGUUGCAGGAUAACUGGAUUUGAGUGUCAGGCUGCUUUGCUCUCUUCACAUGAGCAGCAUGUUAAGAAGGAACGGCAGGAAGCAUGCACCGCUCAGGAAAGAAGGCUCAAUAAAGCUGUUGCAGAUGGACAUUGGGUGCACAAGACAAGUGUGUUGUCUGCUCCCAAGGAAGAAGAGUCUACACCUCACUCAAAGUCAAAAGUAUUGGUUUCAGCAGUACCCUGUAUUGUCAAGAAACCAUCUCCAGAUAUCCCCAAGCAGCAGUUGGCUGAUAAACCAGCCCAAUUGGUGGCAUACCCUGAAAGUGCAGUACUGAAGACUGACAGUAGUAAACCUCUCGACACACAAGUUACCAAAAAAAUAUCUAUUGAACAAGUUUCUACUGUGGGAGAUGGCUGCUCAACAACAGAUCAAGUUCCCCCAACCAGCCAGUCAUGCUUACAAAUGCCUGCUGCCUCAAGAUCCGUGAGUGCUCCCAUAGCUGCUGGAGCCAGACCAACUACUCCUCUUGUCUCCCAUCUGCAGACAUCACCCCAUCUGACUCGUUCAGUGAGUGCAGCUGGCUGCUUGGCUCCUGAGUCCCCUUCAUCAACAACACACGGUUACUUUCCUCUUCAAUCCUACCGAAACGUAAUGAUGGGCUCUCAUGCAACUGAUUGUAGUUUAGGUGGUUUGAGUCGACCUCAUUCUCCUAGUUCAACAACUGUGUCACACACAUUCUCUGAACUUCCUACUGUGAAUUCCAGGUCAGUGCUUCUGCCACAGGGGCAAAAUAGAGCAGAAGCAAUUUCAAGUAGGCUGAGCUUUUCAUAUGAAAUGGUAAAUCGUGAUUUAUCACAGGAUGGAUCCCAUUGGAUCGAGUGCUCACAAAGGGAUAGCGGCAGAACUUCAACUCCUGAUGACCCUGCAAUAGAAAACGCUCAUAAAUUCGACCUGUAUAUGCCAUCAACAAGCAGUACCCACAAUCUCUCAACACGGUCUCAAACAUGCAUGUCUGGACGCCAGUCCCAGGGUGUUCUGGCAGAUGAAUUUCCUCAUCUUGAUAUUAUUAAUGACCUACUGGACGAUGAUCUUGGAAUUGGGAUGGCUUCUGGAUCUGAUCCCAUCUUUCAAAGUUGUUUUGGUGAUGCUUCAUCUCAUCACCAUCAUCUACCUCGGCAUUUCAGCUUCCCGGGCAAUGUUUGUAUGCCAGCUGACCCAAGUCCAGCAAGCUCUUGUAGGUUUGACCGGGCACUAGGCUAUCAUGAUAACAACAAUGGGUUCGGACAUAGAUAUCCAGGAGUCCUGUUUGAUAAUCAAAGAGAUAUGAUCACACAGCCUGGUGCACAAAAUUUUGCCGAUAUGCAGAUGGAAGGUAUAAUUACUAGCCAAUGGCAAAUGGUUUCUUCCGAUGGUGGUUCAUUCUCUGGAAUGAGGAGUGCUGAUAGUGACAUUGGCUUCCCGUCAUAUUCAAGCAUGCCAUGCGGUGUCAAUGGAUAUACCAUGUUCCGGCCUUCAAAUGGGUUCUAAAGCUCUUACGUGCAAGAAACGGGGCUGGUUUCGGCAUACUACAGGGAAUGCUUUGGGCCUUAAAUUUGGAGUGAAUUGUCGCCAUAAGGCCACAGGGUAAGGCGGUGUUUUGUAAAGAGUGAUUUUACACUUAAACUUGUGAUUUUUAGGUUUAGUAAAGCAAUCACCCUAAUCUUGGGUGUUGAUGUCUAUGAAGUUGAGAUGCUCCAAGCCUGCUGGCCUUGCUUCUCUUAUUUCCCCAAAUAAAGAGCAAAUAUGUCUAACUAACCCUGUACUUACUGGUGAUGAUGAUCUGCCCACUAGGCAGGGGCCAGUGGCCAAUAGUGUUUGUACCUUCGGA